GCAGCGCGUAGGGCCGUGAGAAGCAGCGGCAGCCCGGCUGCCCCGGCCGGCCCGCGCCAUGGCGAAGGAUGAGUGCAAGGCGCUGCUGGACGCGCUGAGCAAAGUGACGGCCUGCUACCGGCACAUGGUGCUGACCAUCGGCGGCACCUCGGACUCGCAGAACCUGCGCGAGGAGCUCAAAAAGACCCGCCAGAAAGCCCAGGAACUGGCGGUGGCCAACCGCAACAAGCUUACGGCCGCCUUGCGGGACAAGACGGUGAGCAAAGAGGACAGGGCGGAAUUCGAGCGGCUUUGGGUUCUCUUCUCCACCUGCUUGGAGAUCCUGGAGACCGACAUGCGGCGCGCCCUGGAGCUGGGGCAGGAGUUUCCCCUCAACGUACCUAAAAAGCCGCUCAUCCAGACGGGGAUGAGCGGCGGCACCUCCGGGGUGGCCGCCCGGGCCAUGAGCGUCCAGAACAUGAAAUACGAGGCGGACAACAACAUCGACGUGGUGGAUUUGAAGGACCUGGAGAACGAGAUCAACCAAGUAGGGGAGAUGAUGUACGAGAUGGAGAUGAAAGUCAGCGUCCCGCAAUGGACGGUGGAGGCCAAGCAGGACCCUGGGGCGGAGCUCAAGUCCACAAUCAGCGUGGGCGCCUCCUCCAUCGGCAUGAUCGAGGUGGAGGAGAGCAAGGCCUUUUGCGAUAUCAGCAAAGUGCUGGCCGGCAUCAUCUUCACUGCCGUCCUUCUCAUCGCCAUCAUCCUGGCUGUGUGUGUGGCAAAGCUCUCCUAAGGUGGGGGAUGCCAGGUCCAGGAGAAGAGUUGGGCUUUUCUUGAUAAGGGAGAAAAAGGAAAGGCGUUUGUCCCCCCCAGAUUAUGGUUUUCCAAGUAAAGGGGUGGAGGGAGGUGGAGAGUAUGGGAUGGGCUCCCUGUGCCGGAAUGAGGGGCAGGGGAUGUGUUCUGUUCAAGUCCUAAGCCUGAGGAUUUGUGCGAUAUUCUAGCUUUAAAGAACAGUCCAUCUAAGGUACGUGGCAGCAUUACAACUCCCAGCCAUAGUAGGGAUUUGUUCGCUAUUUAUAGAAGAUUAUUCUCAGUAAGCAGAAAAAAAAGUAUUGUUUGUGACUAGGUUCUAUUGUUGGUCUAUGUUUACAAACUGAUUACAAAUUGCACAUGAUUUGGAGAUGGGAAUUAAUUCAGUGGCAAAAUGGAGACACCUAUAAAUUUACAUAUAAUUUCCUACAAACAUAAAUGAUGUUGUGGUCCUGAGCUCAGGAUUUGUUUUCUCUCUCUAAAAGAAGUAUGCUUUUAGCCCUGUGUGCUAAGCCUGAUAGUAUUUUUUUUUGUGGAAGGGGGAAUUUAGGACCAAAUGGUUUAAGAGACCUGAACUUCUUUUGUUGUAUAGGAUCUAAUUGCACUUUGGCACAGCGUACACUGUGAAAGGCAAUCCAAAUCUGCAGGAGAAAGAUUAAGCACCAUUUACAGAGACCUUAAGAAGCUCUGUGUUCAAUUCACUGUUGCAUAACAUAUUCUACCACUUAUAGUUUGCUGUGGGGUAGGACCAGUUCAGCUGCUUUGUCUACUGUCAGUCAAGUUUAAAUGCUACACUGCCUGUUCAGACCAAAUCUUCCAGAAAGGAUGCUGCAUUAUACCCCCCUUAUAUAUAUUUAUAAUUAUACAGCAUAUGCGCACACAUGCUGCAUUAUAUUUAAUGCAUAUAUCACAUACUCACAGUAGGAUUUCCUUCCUAGUAGGUGCAUUCAUUGCUUUGAAAUCAUGUAUGGAUACACAUACCUGAGCUGGGAGCAAGUCCCAGUGGAUUCAGGAUUUAAUUCUGAGUAAAUAAGAUUGCACUGCACAACUCCUCUGGGGCUUUAUGGUUUGUGCGUGGAAGCUGAACAGUGGUGUUUCUAAAACAGUGAAGCUAGAGUGCAGCAAGAUCCCAAGUAUGUUUACUCAGAAGUAAACUCUACUGAGUUAAAUAAGACUUUCUCUCUGGUAAGUGGGCUUAGAAUUGAAGCUUUAAAUGCAGGCUCUGGCUAUAAUCCUGAGCAUACUUAUAAAGAAGAUUCCAUUUAUUUCAGUGGGACUUUCAUAUAAUGUGUUUCAGAUUUGGGGUGUCAAUGUCGCCUAAAAACAAGUCACUAUCACUGAUUUUUUUAAUGCUGUAACAGGACGUUAAAACCUAUGAAUCUGCCUUGUGCAAAGUCAGACCAUUAGUUCAUCUAACACAGCAUUAUGCUUCUUUGCUCACUGGCAGUGGUUCUCCAGGGUUUCAGACAGGGGUCUUUCCCAGGCUUACCUGGAGAUUCCAGAGAACCCUUUCCUGUGCUUGAUCUCCGCUCUGAUUCUAUGGUGCAAAGAAGAGGCAUGAUCUCACGUUGACAGUCUGAAGUUUACACAUGUACAUCUCCUAUUACUGUUAAUGAGAUUUACAUAUGUACCUGCCAGAGCCAAGAAGAUUAGUAUCAAUCUUAUAAUCCUGACAUACCCAAGACCUGGCACAAAUGUGACUUGGAUGGCAGCAUUUGAGCACAGGGCUGUCGGAGCUAGACAGUGGAGCUAAACAUUAUGUAAAAGAGGGCAUUGCUCCUCUUUUAAGCUGUCUGUGGAACAGUAUCUUUAAAGGGGAUGCAUGAAGCAUUCCUGUGCAAACAAGGCCCUAUCUGAAAUGGCUUUUAAAGCAGCAUUUCAUUUCAGUCACAGUGGAUUGUCAAGAACAGUAUACUCAACAUGCAGUUCCACUCAUUCAAACUACAAAGGUGUUACUGAACAUUUCUAACCACUUUAGCAGCAAUUAGCAGUUCCAGGCAACAAAGUUAAGCAACUGAAAGUGUGGUCCCAUCCCUGUCUACUUAGCAGUAAGUGAGACUAACUUCUGAAUAAACAUGCUUAGGACUGUAUUGCUCAUGUGCACAAAACAUGCUUCUCUACUUGCCCCUUGAAUUAACUGAGUUAAUUGAAGCGGUAAGAAGAUUUACAGGUCAAGCUUCAACCUCUUCAAACUUUUAAGUGCACAAGUCGGUGAAAACAUUAAUCUGAACCCUUGGGUGUAACAAACCCAUGAGUUACAAUUGUCCAGUGUUAGAUUUCCUAGCAAUGGUGAUAUGUGUUUUGGAUUGGCAUUGUGAUAGAGUGAUAUACUUUGCAUGAUAGGAUGCCCUAAGUUACUUUACAUGAGUUCCUAAAGAGCUACUUCCACUUUCUCUAUACCAGUGAUGGUGAACCUUUUUCAGCCCAAAGUUCACAUUCCCUUCUGGGCAACUUUCUGGGGAGGAUGUCUGGCCUCAGGAGAGUUCCAGUGGCUGAAAAGAGAGAGCUUGGGAGCACAUUCGGGGCCCAGACCUGAGACCCCUGCUCUAGACAGGACUGAUUUAUAUGGUCUGACACUAUGGGCUAGCUCAUUACAUUUAAAUCAAAUGGCUAACUCAAGAGCAUCCACCCACCCAGCAACUGCUACAGGGCUAACAAGAAUAUAUUGUAUGAUUACUAAGAAGCAGGCAGCAGAAUCUUAUACCCUGACCCUAAGUCACUUGGGCUAAGAGCACGAGUCUGCUAUUGACAAAUCUGUUAAGUUUUAUUAAUAGAGCUAUCCUGAAUGUAAUACUUGGAAUUAGGUCCCAUUAAUUUCAAAGGAUCUUCCAUAUGGCAUGUUUAGGAUUAGUAUGCUUGUCUCAUUAAUGUCCUUGCAAACUGGAUACAUGCAGCCCAGUUCUCUGUAUAUUUACAUGGAAGGUCAUGAUGGACUCAAUGGAUGUCGGCAAACCUAAAAACACUUGAAAGCUAGUCAACAUUGGGAUAAGUGGGACCUACCUGCAAUAGGAUCAGGCUGCACAGCUGCAAUGCUUUUUGUACUUACUUGGAAGUAAAGUCCCAUUGAGCAUAGCUGGACUUUAACUUCUGAGCUAACAUGCAUAGGAGGCGGGGCUGCCAGUGAAAACCUAUAGGUUCUGCCUUCACAAGCAUAUACUUACCGUAGGUAUGUACCUAGCAAAUCUAUUAAGACUAAUGAUUUACUGACCAUUCUUGAACUCUAUGUGAUGCCUACAUCAUACAGUACCCACAUUAGUUUCCUUAGAAUUUUAAGUUUACACUUAUUUACCAGUACAGUACUUGUAAGCCAAAACUUAAAAUUCUCUGCAUACAGGUAGACCAUAUUUCAGAUCAAAUAUACUCAAGACAGACUUCUGUCCUACAGGGAUUUUAUGGAAAAGAAUGCCCUGUAAGUAUGCACAAAAUGAGAACCUAAUUCCAUAACUUGCUUCUCUUUAGGAAUGAACCAUUAAUCUUCCUAAAUAUGUUAUUUGAGUAAACUGGCUCAGGCUACCCAUUAACAGCAGUCUUGUUAGUGAAAUUUGUGCUGCAUGUUUGCAGGCAGCACUGGACAGCAGGCCGUCAAACAAGUCUUGGUUCUGUAGAGGUUGCAACCAGGCAAGACUUCAAACCAUGUUAACACAUAAAUAAAUCCUCCUGUGUUCAAUAAGCAAGACAGCAGCCUUAAUUACUCAAGGUAUCAAAAGUGUUUUGAUAUUUGAUUGUAAAUAUGUGUUUAGUCCAAAAAUGGAAUUGAGAGGUGGAAUUUGGAUUUUAUGUAUUUGAGAUGACAAUGAUGUCAAAAUUGUGUACUCAUAUUGGUGCUAAAGUACCUCUGCAUAUGUAGAUAGACUCAAACUGCUGCUAUUGAUCCCGUGUUUUGACCACUGUUUCACUUCAAACAUUGUUCAUGAGAGGUAGUGAUGGCUGUCUUCACUGCUACAAGGGCUAGACCUUUUUCUUCAGUGUGGUUCACACACCUUGCACUUAAAGCUGGUCUGCAAAUGGCAGCAUUAAACUUCAGAGUGGGGGGUGCAUCGUUGGAUUGCAGCUAGCAGUAUUUUAAUCAGAAACAGAUUGUAUAUUCUUUGCACACCAAGGGUUGUAUUUUUUUCUGGAACAAACAGGAAAUCCAGAUGCAUUAACUUUUUUUAGUUCCAACUUGGGUGCAGUCUUUUCUCUAUCCAUUUUUGUAAAAGUGUCAGGUUUAUGAGAUGUAAAUCUAUUAUGCGGACAUACAAGAUUUGUUUUCCAAAUGAUCUAAGACACAGGAUUGCCACUAUCUAAUUACCUAAUGGGUCCACCAUUAAUCUUCCAUGUACGCCCAGUGUAAUCACAUGCGCAAUGUGACCUAGGCACAGCUGCCUGUCGCAUGGUUUACUAAGCUGACCAGAUGCAAAGGAGGUCAAGACUCUCAUACCUUUAAAUAGUGAUAUGGAAGAAGACAUGUUGACAGGUUUAGCUUGCUAGGUAGAAAUCAAUGGAAUAAAAUAUAACAGCUAAAAUUCUAUGGAAGUGUGAAAGAUAUGAGACACUGGAAGAACUUUCUGACAGUAAGAGCUGUUCAACAGUGGAAUGGACUCCCUUGGAAGAUUGCAGGCUCUCCUUUCUUAGAGGUUAAUUAAGCAGGGGCUGGAUGGUCAUCUGUCAUGGAUGCUUUAGUUGAGAUUCCUGCAUUGCAUGGGGUUGGAGUGGAUGAGCAUUGGGGUACCUUCUACAGUGCAAUUCUAUUAUUCUGUGGUUAAACGACUUGGAUGAAGGAAUUGAGGGUAUGCUCAUUAAAUUUGCGGAUGACACCAAACUGGAAGGGGUAGCUAAUGCCACAGAAGACAGAAUUGGGAUUAAAGCUGAUUUUAACAGAUUAGAGAACUGGGCCCAAACAAACAAAAUGAAUUUCAAUAGGGACAAAUGUAAGGUUCUACACUUGGGCAAGAAGAACCAACUCCACAAAUAUAAGAUGGAGGGACACCUGGCUU